CUCCUCCUCGCCUCGCUACACGCUCGAUCUGCUUCGAGCACCGCACAGCACCCAUCUACAGACACCUCGGAUCAUGGCCUGGCGACCCGCAACCCCGGGCACAAUCGUCGUCUUUGCGGCGACAGUGCUCCUCGUCCUCGUCUCCGUGAGCACCCCGCUCCUCAAGACGUUCUACUUCCUCGACGCGACCAUCAGCUCGGGCUCGAUCAAGGGCACCGUCAAGCUCGGCACGUUCGGCUACUGCGUCGGCAACAAGUGCACGAGCGCCAAGCUCGGCUACAACCUCGACGUCGCGGCCCUCCUGGGCAUCAACGGCAAGCUGGGCGACCUGUCCGACUCGGUCCUCAAGUGGGCCACCUACUGCCUCGUCCUGCACCCGGUCGCCGCCGUCCUCGGCGCCAUCUCGGUCGUGUUUGGCCUCCUCGCCCACAUGCACAACUUCGCCGGCACCAUGCUCAGCACCUGCUUUGCCUCAUUCGCCGGCACCGUCACCCUUCUCGCCUUCAUCUUUGACAUGGUCGUCUUCAUAAUCGCCAAGCAGCGCAUCGACCGCAGCAGCGUCGGCGGUCAGGCCACCCUCGGCAACGCCAUCUGGAUGACGCUCGCCGCCCUCAUCCUGUUCCUCAUCUCGGGCUUCUUUUUCGGCGUACCGGCACCUGCAUCACCCGGCGCAAUCGCCGCGAGCAGCAGCAGUCCGACAUGUACCGCCCCAUGCCCGACGAGAACUAUGGGUCCAAGCUGCGCGCCGACGCCGUCAAGGCCGAGUACGCCCGCAAGGAGGACGCGGCCAACCUGCCCAA